CUUAUUGAUGAGCAAGUAGUGGUGGAGUAUAUAACAGAGAUUUAUCUGUUUACAUCGCACACUGACCUCGGUAACCUAGAGACAUGAACGCGGUAGUACUACUCGCGUUGGUUAUCACCGCGGUUGCCGAGCCGCGGUACAAUUCCUUUAACCCAUUCCCACAGCAGGGACAAUCGCAAUCUGGUUACAACUACCCACAACCGCAACUACAAGCUCAAUCUGGUUACAACUACCAACAAUCACAAAGGCAGCAACUUGGCUAUAACUAUAUACAGCCAAGGCCACAAAUACAACAACAACCGCAAUUUGGUUACAAUUACCCUCAACAGCAUUUCCGACCACAACUGCUACAACAACAACAACAAAACGGCUACAACUAUCCUCAACCGCAACUGCAACAACAACAACAGAAUAAUUACAAUUAUCCACUACCGCAACCACAACCCCAAGCACAGCCUGGUUAUAACUAUCCCCAACCACAACCACAACCACAACCGCAACCGCAGCCUAAACCUGAAUACCCACCUAUCGAUGUAAGAUCAUCAGCCCUUGUUCAGUCCGUACCAACUGCACAAACGAUAACCAUAACACCAGCGCAACCGACCUUCCAACCACUUCAGCAAUCCUCUUCGUUAUCACCGUUCUUAUCACAGCCGCAAUCAACUUUGCAACCGGAACCACAAUCGUCACCACAACCACAGUCAUCAACCCAACCACAACCACAACCACAGCCGCUUUUUAUAUCACCAACUCUGUCAACCUUCCAACCAGAACAGCAGUCAUCUACGCAACCUCAACCAACAUCGACUCCCCAAAUUAGUUCUUCAUACGGCCCUUCAUCAUUGCCUCAACCUACUCCUACUGUGUUAAUACCGCAAACAUCACCGCAAACGUCCCCUCAGCCGUCACCACAACCAUUAUCAAUUCCUGAACCCAGUCCAUCUUAUGGCCCUCCGCAAUCACAACCAUCUCCACAACCAUCCCCACAACCAUCCCCACAACCACAGACAAUCCCACAGCCUCAACCUACACCAACAUCUAUAUCCAGUUCAUCUUAUGGUCCACCACAACCACAACCAACGCAGCAGUCACAACCUCAACAAAUCCCCGAAUUACUACCCAUACCUCAACAACAACCCAUCCGCCAACAGCAAUCAAUACCCCAACAGCAACUGAUACCCCAACCGCAAUUAAUUGCACAACCUCGCGCGAGUUUUGGAGUACCACCUAUUCGUAACCUAUCUCCUAUAAUCCCUCAACAACCCAUCUACCAACCCAACCUUCAGCAAUAUUAUCAACAACAACAAAACCAAUACUCAUCCCAACAAUCGCAGCAACAGUACAACGCACGUUUUUCAUCACAAUCAAUACAAUCGAUACCUCAACAAUCCAGCUACCAGGCGGAUUCUAACCAAUACAAUUCCCAAGGUCAAUUUAAUGGACCACUUGACGAUACGGUUAUUACCAGAGUACAAAAUAUAUUAAGAGACAACGAGCAAUCAAUAGCUAAAAACGCAGGAUACCAGUCCCUAGUAUCAGGAGUGUCCUUAGGCAAUGUUCAACCCAGCCUUGAAAUCUUAUCGUUCGUACAAAAUUCCCCUGUAGAAAGUUUGUCUAGAGGACAGAAUUUACAGUUAUCUCAAGGAUCAGCUUCAAGUUCUAGUUCGUCAUAUCAAGGCAGUCAAUCAAUUGGUUCAACUAGCAAUAUUGGUUUCUUACGAACCCCACCAUCUACCUCGUAUGGUGUACCUAAUUAAUGUUAUGAUUA